CCCGGCUGUCUGGUAUAAAGUCUGAGUUCAACCGGCAGACUGUUGAGGAAAUUUUUACUUUCCUUCCCGGCGGGUGGUUUGCAGACGCUGAGAAGACGUGGUAUAUUUAACCAGCACGCCAAGAACCAUUUUCCUCAGGUUACCUCGUGGUUCAGAUCAGCCACCUCUAACCGAGCAGCUCUGCCUUAACAUCACCACCUGCCAGCUCUUACACCGUAACCAAGCCAACCUAAAAAGCCUUCAAAAUGAUGCAAAUCGACUCCGCCAUCAACAAGCACUCCCUCAUCAACGUGAUGCACCGCUUCAUCGCAGCCGCUAACAACAUGGACGAGACCAUCAUGGUGCCGAGCCUGCUGCGGGAUGUGCCGCUGGAGGAGGGGCCCGCCGGCGAGCUGGAGCCCAACAACAACCGUAAUCACGAACCGCCGUGUCCCAACAAGCAGAAGGACAUGUACGAGCACUACCUGCUCCUCAAGUCCAUAAAGAACGACAUGGAGUGGGGUCUGCUGAAGAGGGAGAUGAGCAGCGGCGCCAGCUUCCUGGAGAUGGCGGUGAAGCAGGAGGAGCAGCAGCCGCCGGUCACUGGAGACCUCCCUUCUGAUGAGAACACGGACCUGGAGAACCAGUUUCACUAUCACCUCAGAGGACUGUUUGGAGUUCUGUCCAAGCUCACAUUGCAAGCCGACCACCUCACCAACAGGUACAAGAGAGAAAUUGGAGGUGGAAACUUCAUGAGAUAGAAGUCACUACAAUUUUCUUUCUGCCCCCCCCCCCCCCC